AUGGCGUUGUGGAUAGAUAAAUAUAGACCGCGAGAGCUGUCCGCUCUAACAUAUCAUGUCAAACAAGCCAACGAUCUCAUUGAAAUCGUCAAGGCCGGUGAUUUUCCACAUCUUCUUAUAUAUGGCCCAAGUGGUGCGGGAAAAAUGACUAGAAUUUUUUGUAUUUUGCGGGAACUUUAUGGCAGUGGUGUGGAGAAAUUACGAAUGGAUGCACGAAGUUUUCAGGCUCCAUCUGGCAAGAAAUUAGAAAUACAGACUUUUAGCAGUAACUAUCAUGUUCAGCUUAGUCCUGGAGAAGUUGGUAUCUACGACCGUAUCGUUGUCCAGGAAAUUGUCAAACAAAUGGCACAGACGCAUCAAAUUGUUACUGCAACGCAGCGAAAUUUCAAGGUAGUAGUCUUAGUGGAAGCAGAUCAAUUAACUCGGGAUGCACAAAACGCAUUGCGUCGUACAAUGGAGAAAUAUGCGCAAACAUGUCGACUUAUAUUGUGUUGUGAUUCAAUCAGUAAAAUUAUUGAUCCUUUGAAAAGUCGGUGUUUAGCGGUUCGUGUAGCUGCGCCUUCAGAUGAUGAUGUGGCCAAAGCUGUUAGACAUGUUUGCAAGCAGGAAAAUGUUUCUGUUCCUGAAAGCAUCAUCGCUGCAGUUUUACAAAAAGCCAAUGGUAAUAUGAGACGAGCUUUACUGAUGAUCGAAGCGGCAAAAGUACAGAAUUAUCCAUUCAAAGAGAACCAAGAAAUUCCUGAUCCAGAAUGGGAAAUUUAUUUGCGAGAAACGGCUAAAAUGAUGAUACAGCAACAAAACCCUGAAAAUCUUCUCAAAGUGCGUAAUAGAUUUUACGAAUGUAUUGGACAUUGCAUACCUCCAAAUGUCAUUUUUAUGAAAUUACUGCACGAACUGUUAAAAUCAUGCAAUGAUAAAAUCAAGGUGGAAGUGGUUGCUGCAGCAGCUGAUUAUGAACAUCGCUUAACACGUGGUAGCAAAGCUAUAUUCCAUCUUGAGGGUUUUGCUGCAUCAUUUAUGGAAAUCUAUCACAGACAUGAAAAUGAGAAUGCCAUGGAGCAUUAA